CAAACUGUCCUGAUUAAGCCACCGCCUUGAACAAGGUGGAGCCAGCCUUUCUGUUCCUAAUCACCUGGCUGGAUAUUAAGGGGAAGGUUCCUUCUCUUAACAGGAAGCAGAUACAUUUCACGUACCUACUGUUCCAAUAUUUGAGGAAGUGAGGGAUCAUUAGAAGAAACAAGUUAAGAAGAAGCUUCAGUUAGAACUUGCUCUUGCUUCAACUACAAGGAAUGACGUUAAACUUCUGUCUCCCGCACUUCAGCCCAAGGAUUCAGUGCAAUAAGGUCUGUGCUGAUGGCUUUGAGGUGAGCAAUCUGAUAUCUGCGGACCCUGUGAAAAGAAAAUGUGGAUUCCGUGCUGAAUACUUCAUCAAACCUCCUGUACACGUUACCAUUUCAUUCCCGUUUAACAUGGAACUGUGUAAGAUUGACAUAGAUGUGUCGGCCAACUUGCAAAACUCUUCGAGAUUGGAUAUUUAUACGUGUGCCACAUCUAAUAAGGAUAUGACAUGGAAUGGAGUUUCCACACCCAGCUCUCCACUGGCAGACCAGACCUUUUCUGACAAUGAUGUUUUUACUUUAGUGGGGAAGGCCACAUUGAAAAACCAAAACAAAGUGUCCUUCAGACAUAAAGCUUUUAAAUCCAGGGCUCCUUUUCAUGAAUUUACUGAGCAUUCUGCAGUUGCUGAUGGUACCUUUGUGCAGGAUUUGUGGAAUAAGGGUCAGUUUUCACUGACGAAUAUAAACCACCUCAGGAUCUGCAUUAGUUAUGUGUCCGGUGGAAGUUUGCCGUGCUUAAGGAGGGUUGACAUAUGGGGCCAACCGUCUCGGUCUUGCCCUCGUGAGGUCAUAGAAAGUGCCUUCAAAGUUUAUCAGAAAUACAAAGCUGGACAAUCAGUUCCAUUAGUCACGCAGAAAAACGUUUCUGUCACACAAUCUAAUGAAACACAGAGAGACAGCCUACAACCAGAUGUUAAUGGAUCUUCAGUGGCUCAUGGGAAUGUUCCAGAAGAAUUUCUGGACCCCAUCACUUCUGAGAUCAUGGUCCUCCCAACGUUGCUUCCCUGUGGGAAAGUGAUUGAUCAGAGUACUCUGGACAAAUACAAUCAGUGUGAAGCCACAUGGGGCAGACUUCCAAACGAUCCUUUCACAAACGUUCCCUUCAGCCGGAAUUCCAAACCAAUCCCUCACUCGACUCUGAAAGCAAGGCUGGAUUAUUUCCUGCUGCAUACCACGAUACCGGAUCGCGCUGUCGUGGGGAGGACUCAUGUUGGAUUUGUUGCCUCGUCUGCAGUGAAGAGAAAAUCAGAUUCCCCACAGGGCGUAAUCACAAAUCCAACCUCAGAAGGACUAAAUGUGGGCAUUAGUGGGAACUCUGCUGCUGUGCUAGACUGUGGUGAAAAGCGAUUCAAAACAGAAACGAAAAAAAUGCAGGAGCCCGCACAAGAUUUGGGUGCGGUUUCCCAUGAGCAGAGAUUGUCACAAAGUCUGGAUAGUGCUUUGACUUCUGCCUUAAGUACUCUCCCAUCCUUCACUGUUCAGCAAAGACAAGACCAGCAACAGCCAGCAGUUGGCAGCAUCUCUGCCUGCACACAAGGUACUGCGUGUGGGGCAAAAGCUAGUUUGUAUUGCUGGAAUAGUAUCAGCUCAAACUCCUGUCGGAAUCACAGUGCAGGAAUCACAUAUGAAUGGAUUCCAGCCAGUUCUGAUGAAGCAUGCAUCUCCUGCAAAAAGUCAUUCUCUGCAUAUUCCCAGAACAUGGUUGUAUACAGACUGCUCUGUGGGCACCUGAUCUGCAGAGUCUGUCUGUCGGAGAGACAGAAAUCUUCAGCACCGUCCUGUUUGAAAUGUAACCGUGCAAUCUGUACUAGUGAUGUGGUGCGGGUUCAUCUUUAGAGUUGAGGCACUUUGAGCCGUUCUGGAUGUGUUUGGCAGUCUAAUGUGACUUGCAUUCCACUACAGCUAGCAAAAUCAAAUAAAGAACAUUUAAAUGUAAACCUUUCUGACAUUCAAAAUGCACUGUUUUCAAUACUGAUGUUCUGUAACAGAUUUCAAUUGCAUUCACGUCUGGGAUUACACUUGAGAAUUUAUUAAUGUUGCAGCAUUGGGGGUUAUGUUGGUAGCUUUGUAAUACACCAGAAUUUGGUUUCUAGCUGAAUUAACUGAUGUGAAACCCCUGUAAGAAGAAUGAAAAUUCAAAACAGUAAGAUGGGAUUAAGAGACAGUAAAGCACUCUAAAAGUCCCAAGAAAAGUGAAAGGAAUUAAUGAGCACAAACCUUGAUGGUUUUAGUGCGUUUACAUAUUUGGAGCUGCCUCAGAUCUCUGUCCAUCUGGUCUGUCGAACCUGAUGGUGAUUAUUCCCAUCAUAACCGGUGUUCCCCAGUAAGGCAACAAAUCAGCCAUGAUGUUCCAUGGUUGUUCUAGGUUCUUUGAGCUGAAGCAUAUUUAGGAUUGGCUGCUCCUGUUUUUUCAUGGAAUUUAAAAGAAAAAUGCUGAUUGUUAAGGUCCAACAAGAUAAAUAUGAAAAGAAGGGAGUUCGAACAGUGAAUGUAGAGUUGUAGAAGUUGCCUUCCAUUUACCUCAUAUUUUAGCAGAAUUUGGAGUUUGAAUUUUGUGAAAUAAAUAACACCUGACUGAAUCUAUUAAUGACAAUUGACUUGUUGUUGCUAUCUUAACACAAAGCCUAACAUUAGAAAGAUCAAUUGUGUUAACCAAUAUUUUGCAUAUAAUUCCUUCAAGUGAGUAUAUUAUUUUUUGAUGCAACCUUUUUUUUUGACAAAACUUGUGUAGAAAAAUGAUUAUUUUUCAGUGUUGCAAAUUGUCCUGGAAAGCCAUGAAAUAAAAAUAAAUCAGCAUUAA